CAUUAUUAAAACCCACAAGCUGUAGACUAAAAUUGCACAAGUAACAGGAUUUGUGUUAAUUCUCUUCUUAUUUGGCAGAGUAACUAACAAUAAUGACAGAAGAGGUAAAAAGCGAAGAAAAAGGAGUAGUUGGAGAUGAUGUGGACUUUUUGUAUGAAGCAAUGUAUAAGCGAGAUCCCAAGAAGCGUCGUGUCAAGCCUGUUGAGCGUCAUCUACUCCAGCUGGAUUUUGGUAUGAGUGACAGUGAGAGUGACAGUGACUUUGAGAUUAAUGAACAUGAAGAACCAGAUUCAGCAGGAUCAGCAGCUGAGAUGGAGGAUGGGGACGACGGGAGCAGUGAAGGAGACGGGGAGUUUGACGAUGAAGAUGAGGAGGAUAAUGAUGAGGAGGGGGAUGAGGAUUCUGGCCGAGAAGUGACAGACUCAGGCAGUGAGAAGAAAACCAGUAUUGGUGAACUCAUCACCAAGGCCAGGCUAGGCAGCAGCAAAGUCACUGACAAGACUGGUUCUGGUGACAAGCCAUCAGCAAAGCUGAAGAUGCUGAUAUGUGCAGUCUGCUUAGGGGAAGUGAGCAUUGACAGUGAUGAGAUCGUGGAGUGUGACAGCUGUGGUAUCGGGGUUCAUGAAGGUUGCUAUGGUGAAAUCUUAUCGGACUCUGACUCCACCAGCAGCGUACAGACGGCCAGCUCCACUGAGCCAUGGUUCUGUGACACCUGUAAAGCAGGCAUUGCCAAUGCUACGUGUGAGCUGUGCCCUAACUCUGGGGGGAUCUUCAAGGAAACUGAUGCUGGAAGGUGGGUUCAUGUGGUGUGUGCCCUCUACGUCCCUGGGGUAGCGUUUGCAGACGUUGAGAAGCUACGCUGGGUCACUCUGUCCGAGAUGCCGACAGGAAAGUGGGGCGUCAGGACGUGUGUUUACUGUGAGGAUGAGCGAUUUAGCCGGACUGGGAUAUGUAUCUCCUGCGAUGCUGGGAUGUGUCGCAACUACUUCCAUGUCACUUGUGGUCAGCGUGAAGGAAUCUUGUCUGAAGCGUCCCCAGAAGAAGACAUAGCUGAUCCAUUCUACGCUUACUGCAAACUCCACGUAGAGAAGUCCAGCAUGCGCUACCGCCGCCAGAACUACCUGGCCAUCCAGUCUCAGCUGAAACGAUUCAAAGAGCGGAAACCGGACGACCCAAUCAGCCAGGAACGUAUCACCGAGAAACUCAAACGAUGGCAGGACAAGUACAAGGCGUCCAAAGUCAAGAAACCUAGCCCUUGGGUUCCUACUGAAAAGGUCCCUCGUCUCCUGACCACCAGUCCUUCGGCUAUCCGUCACCUGAUGAAGAAGGCCGAACUCCUGGGAAUUAACACGGAAUCCCAGCACCAAACCCACGUCAAGGAGUCCAGCGAUGUACGCAGGAAGUGGCACAUACCACCGGCGUUCACCGGCGAGUUUGUCAACUAUUAUCUCGACCGAGAUGUUCGGAUGUCCGGUCUCAAGAACAGACUGGGCGAAUCGAUGCGAGUCAAUGAACGUUUGCAGGCAGAGCAGGUCACACUGAGAGGCCUCUAUGACAAGCUUUCCAGCGAAGUGGAAUCCUUACGCAUCAGCACUGCCAAGCAGAGGAUGGAAGGCCAGUCGCUAUGGAAGAUGCUGGUCACCAUGGGGCUCAAGAAACAGCCCAUGCCGGAGGCUAUCAAGAGCCCUCGGGCUAAGAAGAUACCGACCAAGAAAGAGGGGCCGAAGUCACCCGCAGUCAUACACUAUUGUGGCAUAUGUGAGCAGUCGACAGACCAGCACCAACUGGCUCUGUGUGAUACCUGCAAGAAGCAUUAUCACCUGGGUUGCUUGGAUCCACCGCUGAGCCGUAUGCCCAAGAAAACUGCCUUCAGUGGAUGGCAAUGCUCGGAGUGUGUCACCUCCUCCAGUGACACCUCCAUGGCUGAGACAGUGGAAGGCGAAGACGGUGACGAAGCAGUGAGACGCAAAAGACGAAUCAUCCGAGAACCUAAUAAAUUCACCCCUCCCGUCGAUGGCAAAGGCAGUCAGAAAAAGUUGGCCUCCAAGGGGAAAAGAAAAGGCAAGAGAGGUAUGAAACGGAAACUGAAACUGGCUAAGGAGGAGGCAGAAGAUGAAGAUGGCAACUCGGUCAAGGAUGAGAAUGAACCACCCAAGGCAAAACGAGAGCGCUCAACCCAACGCAAGCUGCCGGUACGAGAAACCAAGGGGACGUGCUGCAAAUGCAACAAAGAGGGCGAUACUAACAGCAUCGUCAGAUGUGACCAAUGUAAGAAGUUCUACCAUUUCAGCUGCCUGGAUCCUCCGUGUAAGAAAUGUCCCAAGAAGUUUGGCUACAUGUGGUACUGUACAGACUGCGACACUGGCUCUUCAACGGAGGAAGAAUGUGAGGAUCACCAGGAGCAAGAUGAUGAACCAACCACACCCGACAACAAGCAACCAGCCACACCCGACAACAAGCAACCAGCCACACCCAGCAACAAACCAACUAAAGGGAAAUCGGCGACUGGGAAUUCAAAGACGGGUUCCCCUGGUAAGAGCAGUCCGGCAAGUACCAAAAUCAGCCCAAACGGGGAGAACAAAGGUAGCCCAGAUGGGAACAAGGCUAACAUGGGUGCAAGUACCUGUAGCCCAAAUGGGAACAAGCUCAACCCAAAUGGGAACAAGUCCAGCCCAAAUGGGAACAAGCCGAGCCCAAAUGGGAACAAGCCGAGCCCAAAUAGGAACAAAGCCCGGAAGGGAAAUGGGAGCCCCAGGGGAAGCAAAGCAAGCCCCAACAACAAAACUCCCAACGGCAAGAAAGGAAGCCCAAAUGGUACUAGUAGCCCAAGUGAGAAUAAAGCUAGCCUGGCUGGCAGUAAAGCCAGUUCGGGGAAAGGCAAAAAUAGUCCAGGGGGAAGGAGAUCUAGCCCAGCUGGGAGUAAGGAAAACCAGGCUAGCGACAGCAAAAGUCCUGCUGCUAACAAGCGAAGCCCUCCAAAGAAGUAAAGACAAUUCCGAAAAUAGAAUCCCAUAAAAAUACAAAAUAAAUGUUUUAAUAGUUUGAAAUGUUGGCUGCUUUCUGUCAAUUUUUACUUAAGCAAAUCUUUUCCAAUUUACAAUUGAGCAAAUCUUUUCCAAUUUUGUUUUUUAAGAACUGAUAUCCACAUUGUCAGACUUUGUUUUAAUUUAUAAUUUUCAACGCUUUUAAUUUGAUAUAUUUCAUGUGUAAACUUCCAGCAAUUAUUGACACGACAUUAAGAUAAUUACAAUAAUGGUCAAUUCAAAUAAAGGUCAAAUUUUGCAAUUUAUUCAUUGAUUAGAAACAGAACAUGGCUGUGUCCCACUUCUUUACAAAAACUGCAUGUUGUUGACACAAACAAGGCAGACAUUCUCUAGGAAAAAGCAAAAGACAACUUGAGAAACAUACGUCAACAAUAUGAGAACAAAAUAUCGCAAAGACACUUUGGUGGCCAUUUUGUCAUUUGUAUUUAUGUGCAUUAAACUUACUUAGGUGUAAAAGCUGCGAAUGCCUCAAACAUGCUACGAAUGUGUCUUUUUCUGUGUCAAAGCCUGGGACGAGUUUUUGCCUUGACAUGGUCCACACACAUCUGCAAAGCUGACAACAUCCUUGUAGUUGCAUGCCAACCCAUUAACACCUGCAACUACAUUAUAUUACAUUAUAUUUGUUUACUGAACAAUCCCACAGUGCUGGGGCAGGUUGGGGCAGUACAGGAAGUAACAGGCAGGGCAGGUGGGGUGGGCAGUUGCGUUCCAAUCGCAUUAUGUUUAUCGUGUUCACGAGUUCACUAGUCGUAUUAUAGCAAUCUUAUUGCCUGGUAACUCGUAUUCACCAGUGGUGAACUGGAGGCAGAAUUUUCUUCUCGAGUUCACGACUUGAUGAAAAUACUAGCGGGGUCAAUGUGCAUGAAGGCCUGUGUGCGUGCGUGUUGGCGAGUAGCAAUAGAAUGCAACCCACUCGUGAACUAGGAGUAAUUCAUGGUUAACUCGAUAAACACGACGCGCUUGGAACACAGCAUAACAGGCAGGGCAGUUUAGGGCGGUACAGGGAGUAACAGACGGAGCAGUUUUGGACGGUACAGGGAGUAGGCAAGGCGUUUUGGGAUGGUUUGGGGACAGACGAGUUAAAGUGCGGCAUAUAACCCUAUAUAUUCAGGGUACAGCACUGAUAAUGGCAUCUACCACUAAAAAAUACUAAUAAUACAAGAGAAAUCCUUUUUUGGUUACACAAUUUACUCCAUGCUUCACUUGCCAAAUAAGCUUGCCAUAAAAAGAUACUCUUGUGUUUAAACAUACAUUACGUAAUUUUUGUUUUCAGUUCUUGCCUUCUGUUUACUUCAGACUGUGAUGACUUCACAAGAUAUUGUUAAGUGGAUGAAAUUUUGGAGUCUGGAGUUAAGAUACUGAAUAUGUACAUGUGAACAAUUUAGAGUUGUUAGUCAAACAGUAGAUAUAUCUUGUUCGCAAUUUAAUAAAAUAAACUCUGCCAAAAAUUGGCAUAAACAAGACUUCUAUCAUUUACAGUCAUACUUUCAGUACAACUUUGGUAAGUGUUACAGUUUAGAAAUAUUAGCAUUUAGACAGCAAACUACAAAAGCAGUCAGUUGUUUGAUUACGCACUUAAAAAGUGCUUUGGUUUUCACUCAUAGGAAUCAGAAAAGCUUUUUGUGCUCACUAGCUUUAGAUUUGAAUUUGUAGAGAAAUUUAUGUCACAAAAAAUGUUUUGUUCUUGUAACACUGUCGUAGUGCUGUUAUAAUGUGAAAUGCAUUUUAAUAAAUGCCUCGAAAUUCACA